AUGGUGGCUUUUGAGGCGAAGUGGCUUCAGCAUCUAGGUCUGCAAAAGAAGGCGACGGGUGAUUAUGGGCUGCCUUUAGACAAGACGACUGUCUAUCCCACGGAGACGGGAAAGACUCGAGAUGACGAUCAGGAGGAAGACAAUCUGGAUCUUUAUGACUCUGCACAGCUGCGUUUUCGAGCCGAGACGAACAUUCAGUGGGACUCGUCCGAGUGCUGCCUGAUUCACGCCGACCUCGCUGCUAUGGACUCGGCUUCACUGGCACCAAAUGAGACCGGCAUCUACAUGAACCCUUACAUCCGCGUGUCGUACGACGGUUAUUUUAUGCCCUGGCUUUCGUUCACAAGGCGAUUCCAGAGACUGUACACGCCAGUCCAUGUGAUUGUCAACUGGAUUGCAGAACGACCUUCGUUCAACCCACGACAGUACCAAGAACCUGGACAGGAAGUCCUAGAUCGAGUCUGGUACUGGGACGAGGACAGCGCCAAGGCUAUCCAGUCCGGCACUUUCGCCCCCGAGAACGAACUCCAGGGCCAUUACGAGGACGUCAACCGAACCGCGCAACCGGGUGGUUUCUGCGGGAUGAGGAAACUGCACCAUCAACGAACAUCCCAUGGAGGGGCAGAAGAAAUGGGGCAAGGUUUUACCGCCAACAUGGGCGUGAUCUUCUAUGUUUUUUGA